GAUCUGUUUCCGGAAGCAAACACAGACACACACACACACACACACUUACACGUGUGUGCGGAAGGCUGGCAUGUAACGCUGUUCGUACUCUUCUGAAUAUCACCAAACGAAGUGCCUGUGUCAAACUCGGGUCCCUUAAGAAGGGUCUGCAAGUGUUUGGCAGCCGAGAAACAAGAAGCGUUUCCCGGAUCCACAUCUGUGUCUUGUCUGCUGAGCUCCACACACACUCAGCUCUGAUGGCUGAGUCUGAGCCUGUCCCUGUCCAAGUCGGAGAAAAGAGAGGCUGUCCAGAGGAUGAAAAGGAAGACGCACCGUCAAAGAAAAUCAAAGUCGAGAAGGAUGAAAAGAAUGGAGGCCCUCCCCCCAAGGUUGAGAAGGAUCAAAAGAAUGGAGGCCCUCCCCCCAAGGUUAAGGAGGAAGAGCCCGCGGGUGAAGCAAGUGAUGGAGAGGAGGAGGGUGAGGGUGAGACCUUUGCUGAUAUGAUGAAGCAUGGCCUCACUGAGUUGGAUGUGGGCAUCCUGAAGUAUGUCAGUGACCACAAGGGCUUCUCAGGAAUCCUGAAGGAAAGAUAUUCUGAUUUCGUGGUGCAUGAAAUCAGCAAACAAGGCGAGAUUUUGCAUUUAGAUGACCUCUCUGUCCCUCCAGAGGCUGAGGAAGUCCCCGAGGCUCCACCACAGCCGGAGGACUGUGAUGUGUUUACUGAGGAGCAGAAGAAGCAGCUUGGUGAGCUGCAGCUCUACAAGAAUAAAGAGGACGAUGUCUCCAUUGAGGUGAUUGACGACACUAAAGAGAAGCGGACGCAGGUCCACAAAGCCAUCAAGAAUCACUAUCCUGGUCUGGAGACGAAGACGGAAGAGAAGGAAGGGCGCAAGUUCAUAGUGGCCUACCACGCUGCUGGGAAGAAAGCUCUAGCAGCUCCAAGGAAACACUUCUGGCCCAAAAACCGUGGCAGUUUCUGCCACUUUGUCCUGUACAAGGAGAACAAGGACACUAUGGAAGCCAUCAAUGUGCUUUCUAAGUUCCUCAGGCUCAGGCCCAACAUGUUUUCCUACAUGGGAACCAAGGACAAGAGAGCCAUCACUGUGCAGGAGAUUGCAGUGCUCAAGAUCACAGCAGAGAGGUUGUCUCACCUCAACAAGUGCCUCAUGAACCUCAAGCUGGGAAACUUUUGCUACAAAAACCACCCUCUUAAGCUGGGAGAGCUGCAGGGAAACCACUUCACUGUGGUCAUCAGAAACAUCUCAGGGACAGAUGAGCAGGUCCAGCAGGGCAUGACAUCCCUCAGGCAGACCGGCUUCAUCAACUACUACGGCAUGCAGCGCUUUGGCACCACAGCUGUGCCAACACAGCAAGUCGGCAGGGCUAUCUUGAAAAACAACUGGAAAGAGGUGGUGGAUUUAAUUCUGAAGCCUCGUCCUGGAGCGGAGAAAGAGUUCCUGGUCCGCUGCAGAGAGGAGUGGGCGAAGACUCAGGACCCCGAGGCCGCCCUGAGAAAGCUGCCCAACAAGCGCUGUGUUGAGGGGCAGCUGCUGCGAGGCCUGUCUAUGUACGGGAAGAAGAACAUCGUCGCUGCUUUUGGAAUGCUCCCUCGUAACAACCGCCUGAUGUACAUCCACAGCUACCAGAGCGUUAUGUGGAACACCAUGGUGAGCCGGAGAAUCGAUGCUUUCGGCCUGAAGGCAGUGGAGGGGGACCUUGUGCUCAAAGGAACUACAGCACACGUGCUGUCUGCAGAGGAGGCUGAGAGCUGCCCCAUCCAUAACGUUGUGAUGCCACUUCCUGGGUUUGAUGUCAUCUACCCCUCCCAUCACGUGGGUAAAGGUUACAGAGAGCUGCUCACUGCAGACGGCUUGGACAUCGACAACAUGAGACACAAAGUGAAGGACUACUCUCUGGCUGGAGCCUACAGACGCAUCCUCAUCAGACCCAGUGACGUCAGCUGGGAGGUGAUCCAGUACGACGACCCAAAGAUCUCCCUGGUGCAUAGUGAUUUUGAGAAGCUGGAGAACAAACCCGCUCCGGUCUUCAACAAAGAGGGGAAGUAUCGGGCUCUGCGGAUGGAGUUCUCCCUGCCGCCCUCAACCUACGCUACCAUGGCGAUCAGAGAGGUCCUCAAGCUGGACACGAGCAUCAAGAAGCAGACGCAGCUCAAUACCACCUGGUUCAACUGAGACCGAAACACACUCCGGCACAAACUGGACUGCUGCUGGAGGCUGCAAAACACCUGUCUACUGUGGCCACUUACUGUUGUUAGCGUUUUUAAGUGUAAUACGCGCGUGUGUCUGUAUGUGUAUGAGAGAGCAUUUGGGUUCUGUGUGAAGCCAAAAGGUUAUUUCUUUGAAGUACAAAGAGCAACAAUUUACUUUUUUUUAUGUUUUUACUUGCCCUAAAGUGUUUCUGUGCUGAGAUGACUCAGUUUAUUUGGACAAUGAUUUAAGUAGACUGUGUGCUUUCAGGGUGCUGUUUCAUGCAUUAUUCCCAGCUGCUCAGGGGGCUCUCAUGAUGCCCCUUUUGUACAGUUAAAAAAAUGUUUCUUUUUUGUUGUUUUUUAUCUUUGAGCUGAAUGUGUGAAUUGAAAAAACUCUUUAAGAGAGGAAUAAAAAACGUUGCGUUUAUA